UCCCCUUUCCCGCAGGGAUGAUAAUGGCAAUGAGAAUGGGAAUGGGAAUCCUGCUGCUCCUCCCGGUGCUCUCCAUGCUCCAUCCCACAGCGGGGACUGUUCCUGCCCCAUUGCUGAUCCUGGAGGGGCCGGAGCAGGAUGGGAUCCGCCUGCGGUGCCUCUCGGAGCGCCCCUUUGCCACCGUCCGGCUGCUGUGGACGGACAGGAACGGGGAGAACCUGACGGGAAUUCCACUGCCCACGGACACCGGGGAUGCCGGCAGCUCCCUGCUGCUCAGGCCGGGAUCUGGGAAUUCUGCAUCCUGCCGGAUCAUCGAUCCCCAGGUCGGGACAUCCUCGGAAUCUUCUGUCGUCAUCGCUGACAUUUUCUUCCCAGCCACCUCCCCCUGGCUCCCAGCGUUGAUGCUCCUGAUCAUUGGGAUCUUCCUGGUGCUGGCGGCCUUUUAUAAACUCCGGAGGAACAGCCAGAUCAUAGCUCGGGAACGAAAAGCCCAGCAGGAAAUCCAGGAGGAGAUCGAGGAUCUCAAGGGGGAGCUGGAGGAGGAGAUGGAAAAAUUCCAGAAGGAAAACCAGAGGAUGGUGAAGGAUAUCGAGCAGAUCCAGGCCCAGCUGGAUUUCAGACGGGCUCAGAGCCAUGCAGUGCCGCUGACCCUGGAUGAGCUCUGCAAACAUCCGGACCUGGCGAUCCAGGGCAAUUCCCGGAUCCUCCACGCCCAUCCCAGCCCCGAGCCCCAUCCCAAGGCCGUGGCCGUGGCCCGGGAAGGCUUUUCCCAAGGGAAGCACUACUGGGAGGUGGAGGUGGGAGACGGAUCCCACUGGGAGCUGGGCGUGAUCAGCCAGGAAAUCCGGGAUUGGCUGCAGAAUAACGGGAUGAGAUUCCCGGAGGAGYGGGUGCCGAGUCUGGAGUAUUCCCAGGGGGAAUUCCGCCUCCCCGGCGGGAAGCUGGAGCGGAAUUCCGGGCGCUGCCGCGUGCUCGGGGUUUUCCUGARCCAGGAAUCCCGGGAAUCCCACACCCUCUCCUUCUUCGACGCCGAGGGGAAGCAGCUGCUGGGAUCCCUCCCCUUGAAACUCUCCGGGAAUCUCUUCCCGUUCUUCAACCCCGGCUCCGAUGGGAAAUGUCUGGGGAUC